CCGGUAUUUUCAGCACGCCUAAAUUCGAGCAGCUACUUUAGUGUGGCUGAAGACAACAAAGAGGCGAAAUCUUUAUAUUUUUUAUUUGACGACCCCUAUAAACAUAAGCAGGUUUUGUGCGAAAUUCUGUUCCCCUGUGAAAAUCUGUUCCCCCUGUGUAGGGAGCGCGCACUGCAGCCAGGGAGGCGGAUCCGUUCAUUUUCACGGCGCUUCUGAUCGACGUCUCGAAUGCUAGGGGCCGUGGUGGUUGGUGUCGGUACAGCUGGUGCGGUACGGAUCAGAGACAUGUUGACCCCGCCAGCUGGCAAUGCUGCAGAGAAGCUGACUGUCCAAGGGUUCAUAUCCAGGAGAAAACUCGAUGCUCACCAGGACGUGAAACAGAUCUCUGCAGAGGAGGCUGUGAGCAGAGAGGACAUCCAUGCUGCAUUCAUCUGUACUGAGAAUGACUCUCAUGAAGACUUUGUCAGGAUGUUUCUGCAAGCAGGGAAGCACGUCUGUGUGGAGUAUCCCAUGGCCCUGUCUUACCAGGCUGCUGUUCAACUGUGGGACUUGGCCCAGAAAAAAGGUGUAGUUCUACAUGAGGAGCACAUUGAGCUGCUGACAGAAGAUUACAAACAGCUGAAGAAAGAAGUAGAAGGGAAAACCCUGUUAGAAGGUUCUCUUCAUUUUGCUGGUGGAGCACUGAAGCCUGGAUUUGGUUUUCUUGCAUUCAGUGGAAUUGCUCGCCUUUCCUGGCUGGCUGAUUUGUUUGGGGAGCUUUCAGUAAGCGCAGCAACUUUUGAAGAAGACGCUGAACAAGGCUACAGCAAGAUGACAGCACAGCUGCUAACGUCUGACAGCAAACCUUUGACAUGGAUUGAGGAACGGCAAGCAGGUCUCCCAAGGACUAAGAAGAUCAACUUUGUGUUUGAUGGCUUCACUUUGACCCAGAUUCCUCCAGCACCUAGAGGUACUGUUGGACUUUUUAUGCAAGACCUGAUCCACUUCUCUGCCAAGUUGUCAGGCCAAGUGAGUACUGAAGAACUUGACAGAGAGAGAGUGAGAAUCUUACACUGCUUGGGACUGGCCCAGAAGAUUCAGGAACUUUGCAAAGUUAAAUAAGGAUUCUCUGGUUUGUCAUCAGCUUGUAUUGAUCCUGUUUGAAUUAAACAUUAUUUCUCCUUUAA